CGCACACACUGACACAAGGUGACACCGAGCGCCUGCCCGCCUCACUGCCUGCUACAGUAGCCGCAGCUCACACCCGGCACAAGCCCUAGCCGGCUGAUGUGACACCGGAUGGAGGUAUAUGCCGCACCCGAAAGUAAUCCGUGCCCGAAACCUAACGUGACAGGACAGUAACCGUCCUAGUGACAACAGGCGGGGCACGGGCAGCCUCUACGUCAUCACACUGCGCCAACUGAGGGUGUGAGGCCCUUCUUGCCGGAGAGGACGGAGACCAGCAGCAGCCGCCGCCGCACAGAGCCCCAGCCCGGCCGCGUCAUGUACUAUAAGUUCAGCGGCUUCUCCCAGAAGCUGGUCGGGGCUGUGCCGGCCGAGGCGUACAGCCCGCAGGGGCUAAGACCAUUCGCUAAUCCAGAGUCACCAGCACCCAUUUUUGCCACUCCAACAAAACUCCCAAGUGAAACUGCUUCUGAAUACUUUGGCAAAAACAAAGUGCCAGAGCUACAAAAAUUGUUCCAGAAACCCGAUGGCAUACCUGUACAUUUAAAACGAGGAUUUCCUGAUAGACUACUUUACCGUACCACUAUGGCAUUAACAGUUGGAGGGGUUGCCUAUUGCCUCGUAGCCAUCUACAUCGCAUCACAGCCCAGAAAGAAAUAGCGGACAAUGGGACUGACGACCAUGGUCACACCAAAUGAGUUUUAUUUUUGUCCGUACAUUGCAUUUUAUGCCGUGUUUUACAUAAAUUCUUCUUUGUUAAUUAUUUGCAAAAAAAUUGGUUCCUUACCUAAAUUAGCCACUUCUUUAACAAGCACAGUGUGACUGCUUUGCUCUUUGGGUAAAUUAACAGGUUAUUAUUGGUCUCAAACAGACAACCCAACUUCCUUCCUGUAAUGUACUUUAUGCAAUGCCUAUUUAAAGUGAGUACUGAGCAGGAGGUACUAGAAUUUACUUUUUAUUCUAGUACCUUGUUUAAUAAGCAAUACACAAACUGGGAAACAAAAUCACUGGGAAUGUGACAUUGUUUCAGGCUUCUCUGUGCCCCCAGUAAAAAUGUUGUAUGCACCCUUAGGACUUAAAUAUUCCAUCGAUAAACAUGCAAACCAAAUGAGGGAAGAUGCAAUGACUUUGUAAGGAAGCUGGCCCUAUGUCCAGUGAAAGUGAGACUCGUGUACACUUUGGAGCUGUAUGUAAGUGUUUAAAUAAAAGCUGACCACAAA